AUGGUGGAAGUAAGUGAAACCGAUCUGAUCAACCAGGUUCCGGUUAUAUGUGGACGAACACACCGUAGUCAUCCCUUUGGCAUUUUCUAUGGAGAUAAUCCUCUAGAUUACUCUUUUCCGUUGGUGUUACUAGAGAUUUCGACUGUUGUCAUGAUCACCCGUAUCGUUCGUCAUCUUUUGAAACCUCUCAAACAGCCUAGAGUUGUCUCAGAGAUCAUUGGUGGUAUUAUAAUUGGCCCCUCCAUCUUAGGCAGCAACAAGAAGUUUUCGACAUAUGUUUUCCCAGAAAACACCGAGUACGUGUUGAAAAACGUUGGAGUGUUGGGUCUGAUGUAUUUCAUGUUCUUGUCGGGUGUAAAAAUGGAUCUCACCACCAUCAAAAAAACAGGAAAAAAAGAAUGGUACAUAGCACUAUUGGGUGUGGUCGUUCCUUUAAUGACAGCUUCAUCGAUUGCACUUGUUUAUCGGAAAUCUUUUCACAAAGAACUAGCCAAAAGUUCUUCGAUUUGGGGAGUUUCGACCACUUUGUCCAUAACAGCAUUUCCAGUUCUCUAUACCAUAAUUCGAGAGCUCAAUCUGUUAAACUCUGAGAUAGGACGGAUGGCCCUGUCGACCGCGGUAAUCAGUGAUGUGAUAGGAAUUAACGGUAUUAUCGUAUUUGAGGCAGCCAAGCAAGGGGAAGUAAAGACUACUGCUGCUUUGUGGUAUAUGAUUUCCUUUGUGGUGGUAAUGACUUCCAUUUUUGGUGGCAUUCGACAAUCCAUGAUUUGGAUUGUCCGAACUACGCCCGAAGGUAAACCAGUGGAACAGAUUUAUAUAAUCGCCAUAUUGUUAGGUGUGGUGGUGGUGGGGUUUGUGACUGAUAUGUGUGGUCUAGCCAUUGCUAAUGGGCCACUGUGGCUAGGGCUGGCUGUACCAGAUGGGCCUCCAUUGGGAGCAACCCUUGUGGAGAGGAGUGAGACGAUUAUAAUGGAGCUUCUGAUGCCAUUUUCGUUUAGCUACGUGGGUUUGUACACGGAUGUGUUCUCCAUGACUGGCCUCUGGUCGAGCUUGAAGCCUCUGUUUUUCAUGGCGUUGGCUGGGCAACUAACAAAGAUUGUUGUAAUUGUAGUUGUCUCUCAUUUCUUCGACAUGCCACUCAGUGAUGCUGUCGCUUUUAGUCUCAUAAUGAGCGUAAGAGGUCAAGUGGAGCUUUUGAUGAUAACGAAGCCAUACUUUACAAUGAUGGUGCUAUUGACAACAGCGAUGACCGCAGUAGCUACGCCGUUUAUCUGCAUCCUCUAUGACCCGACGAGGCCAUACAUGGUUAACACGAAAAGAAGUAUCCAACACAGCCCUUCCAACAGAGAAAUCCACAUAGUAGCCUGCAUUCAUGAUCAAGAAAGUGUGGCGGGUUUCAUCAAUCUUCUCGAAAUCUCGAACCCAACACUGAGCAGCCCCAUCUGCGUCCACGUUCUUCGCCUCAUCGAGCUUGUUGGCCGCGCCACCCCUUUGUUCAUUGACCAUGAGAAUCAGGACCAAGCCUCUGAGCAAACAAGUUUCAACUCAAUUCACAAUGCCUUGAAGCAUUUUCAAGAAUACAGAGGCGAAUAUGUGAAGAUCCAUUCGUUUACAUCGGUUUCGCCGAAGAAAAGUAUGUACCAAGACAUUUGCGAGCUCGCUCUUGCGAAAAAGGCGUCCCUUGUUAUCCUACCUUUAUUUAAGGAAAUCGGUCGAACAGAUAUGCGUGAAGGAGUUCAGUUCGUAAACUUAGACGUCUUGGCUCAUGCACCUUGCUCCGUCGGCCUUCUCGUUGACAAAGGCCCUCUUCGAAACCAGCCGAUGAACUCUUACAGAAGGGCCUCAAAACACCAUAUUGCUGUGCUUUUCAUGGGCGGAGCUGAUUCUCGAGAAGCCCUUGUUUACGCAGAUAGAAUGGCCGGAAGCCCAGAUGUGUUCCUCACUGUUUUACGGUUUCUUUCACACAACAAUCUGAGAGAUGUGGGGAUGGAGAAGAAGCUUGAUGAUGGGUUAGUGACAUGGUUUUGGAUGAAAAAUGAGGGGAACAACCAAGUGAUUUACAGAGAAAUAACAGUGAAGAAUGGGGAAGAAACUGUUGCUGCGAUUCGGGCGAUGAAUAAUGAACACUACGAUCUUUGGAUUGUGGGAAGGAAUCGUGGGAUAAACCAGGCGCUAAUCCUAGGAUUAUCGACUUGGAGUGAAAACAUUGAUGAGCUGGGUGUUAUGGGGGACUAUGUAGCCUCCAUGGAUUUCGAUAGUACAGCUUCUGUAUUAGUGGUGCAACAACAAGUUUUGAGAGGCCAAGAGAGGGCUUCAGGUGGUGUACUAGGAAGAUAA